GCAUUCUUUGUGGGCCCUGGAAACAGACUUGGGGAGGCGAUUCCCAUCCAUGAUGCUCACAAACACAUCUUUGGGAUGGUUCUAAUGAACGACUGGAGUGCUCGUGACAUUCAGAAGUGGGAAUAUGUUCCUCUGGGCCCAUUUUUGGGCAAGAGCUUUGGUACGACCAUCUCUCCAUGGGUGGUCACAAUGGAAGCUCUGCAACCAUUUGUGCUGCCAAACCCCAUCCAGGAUCCCAAACCUCUGCCCUACCUCUGUGAUGACCAGCCUUAUACAUUUGAUAUCAACCUCUUUGUUUCUAUUAAAGGGGAGGGAAUGAGCAAGCCGGCUACUAUCUGCAGUUCAAACUUUAAGCAUAUGUACUGGACCAUGAAACAGCAGCUAGCUCACCACACCAUCAAUGGCUGCAACCUCAGGCCUGGAGAUCUCCUGGCCUCUGGAACCAUCAGCGGACCUGAUCCCGAGAACUUUGGUUCCAUGUUGGAAAUGUCUUGGAAGGGAACAAAAUCAAUUGACCUUGGGAAUGGCCAGUCCCGUAAAUUUCUGCAAGAUGGGGAUGAAGUCAUCAUAACAGGCUACUGUCAAGGACAUGGUUAUCGAGUUGGCUUUGGGGAGUGUUCUGGAAAAGUGCUCUCAGCCAAACUGAUUUGAGUAUCUUCUUUCAAGGGUAUCCAAGAGGAAAUGGAGGCAGGAGACUUCCUUUCUUAGUGUUUUCUUCCUGUUUGUGACAUUAUGGUACAAAAUAAUGUUGUUGUUUUCCUCUGUUUUUAAGCCAUUAAAUCUUUGUA